AUGGGCGAGGUGAUCGUGGAACGUCCCGCCAAGUUGCGGCGAUACCGCUGGCCGGAACUACUCCUCGGUAUCAUACUAUUGAUCCUCUUUGUUUGCGCUUCAAUCGUGCUCGGUUCCUUCGCGUACUUCACGUAUAUUCAACAAAAGCUCUUUGUCGCCGUGCCGUGGUACUACUACUUCCUCCUCGCCAUAUGCAUCGUAACCAUCUUUUUCGUCUUCACAGUCGUCGGACUCUAUGUCGUACACCUCUUGCUUCCAAUCGUAGUCAUGAUAGGAUCCUUUGUGAUGUUUGUUCUUUGGCUCACAGGCCUUGUCAAGGCGUCGAUUGAGCUGUGGGGGCCACUGGGAAGCAUCAAUGAUAACUGCGUGAGAUACGUGUAUAACGAUGAUUACUGGGGUGGUGGGAGCCUAUACACGUUGGCGAGGAUACAGCAGGAGACUGUAUGUAACUUGUGGAAGACGACAUUUGCCAUGGAAAUGAUUGCUACAUUCCUCUUUGUAUGGAUGAUUUUGCUCUCGUGGCAGGUCAUCAGUCGAGCGCGACGCGGAUACUAA